GCCGCUUUGCUUGCACCAUGCGAACAUCCAUCCUUUCAUUUGACACGUUUACCCUUGACAAACCUCCGACAAUGUUACUGUCUGGAGCGAUCACUUCCUACCUUUGACGAGAGCUUCGACCUUUUACUACCGCGGCGGCAGUCCCUAGAUAAACUACAGCCAAAGCCUGCGUACUCACACCUAACCCACCCAUCUCACUAACCCACCUACAAGUCCCCUCCGCGGGGCUUUUGACUAGCUAGGAAGCGGCGCGCAAUGGUUCCGCACGAUGGCGGAGACAUAAUCGGUUCACGACGUGCGACACCUGGGGUUGAGAUGGUUGGCUCACGGCACGCAACGCCCGCCAACGAUGAAGGCGACAUUAUCGGGCGACGCUUCAAUGAUCGCGGCUUCAACGAGGCUGCGGUCCUUCGAUCGCGCUGGGCAGCCAGUUCCACGAGGUUGCCGACGUCGAAGCUGACGCCUUCGUACCCUCCCAUCGACGCAGCGAACCCAAGCGCAGCCGAUAAGCCUCCCUCACAACCACCGGCCACCCUACGAGGACUCAACCUUCAGCGAAUUAAGCGCCUUAUCGACCGUCUCUCGUGGAAAUCGCUCCUCCUGCGCGGCUCGCAACAAAUCGCGCUAAACUCCCCCGAUGCGACGUCCACCGCAGCCGCUCCCACCACCAUGUUUAAGCUCGACUUCUUCGAAUACUACGUUCUUCUGGAGCGCGUGAUCGUGCUAUUGCUGGCGUUCUUCGACAUUCAUAUUCCGCGCGGUUCGGCUUUUGGUGGUCCUACUGGCUCCUGGGGACAUAGAUAUCAUGCCAACGUGCUGGAAAAGUUGGACAACGAAGGGAAUCCUUUGCACGAAAUACUGGGAAAGGAUCCCGUGCGCGGCUUUCUCUGGACGGCAAAGGACUUUAGAAACAAGUGGAAGGAUGCGGAUGAGAAGGACGGGCUUGCCACUUGGGAAAAUCAGCGCGAUGACGUCGUCAAGUUGCAUGUAGAGCAGAUGGUGACGGAGAUUCUGGCGGCAUUGGAGAAGGCGUAUAAGAUAGCUGACGAGAAAGGUGGAUCUGGAAAGGCACCCGAGGUACCCGCUCCCCAGACGGCGGCUGCAGCAGACCUGGCCGAUGAGAGUGCGGAUAUGGAUAUGGAAGAUGCACCGUGGGAGGCUGUUGGGGACGCUAUGGAAUGGGAGGUCUUUUAAGCCGCCGCCAGCAUAUAUCAGAACCGCUGGAGGUUACAGUUAGACCAUUCGUAGACCUUGCAUACACGCUUGUGUAAAUACCAAUUCCUAUAAAUGCCU